CCUCAAACCGAUCCAUCUGCAGGCAUCACCAUGGCAGUGCAGAACAGAAACACUAGUUUUGCUUCCAACUUUAGUCCACCCCAAGACCAUGCCUCCUCCCUCCACUUCAACUUCAGUUAUGGUGAUUAUGACCUCCCUCUGGAUGAAGAUGAGGACAUGACCAAGACCCGGACCUUCUUUGCAGCCAAGAUCGUCAUUGGAGUGGCACUGGCAGGCAUCAUGCUAGUCUGUGGCAUUGGCAACUUUGUCUUCAUUGCUGCCCUUGCCCGCUACAAGAAGCUGCGCAACCUCACCAACCUGCUCAUUGCUAACCUAGCCAUCUCCGACUUCCUGGUGGCCAUUGUCUGUUGCCCCUUCGAGAUGGACUAUUAUGUGGUACGCCAGCUCUCCUGGGAACAUGGCCAUGUGCUGUGUGCUUCUGUCAACUACCUGCGUACUGUCUCCCUCUACGUCUCCACCAAUGCCCUGCUGGCCAUCGCUAUUGACAGAUAUCUUGCCAUCGUUCACCCCUUGAAACCACGAAUGAAUUAUCAAACCGCCUCCUUCCUGAUUGCUUUGGUCUGGUUGGUUUCCAUCCUCAUUGCCAUCCCAUCAGCCUACUUUGCAACCGAAACCGUCCUCUUUAUUGUCAAAAACCAGGAAAAGAUCUUCUGUGGCCAGAUCUGGCCAGUGGAUCAGCAGUUCUAUUAUAGGUCCUACUUUCUGUUUAUCUUUGGCCUCGAGUUCGUAGGGCCUGUGGUCACCAUGACCCUGUGCUAUGCCAGGAUCUCCCAGGAGCUCUGGUUCAAGGCCGUCCCUGGAUUCCAGACAGAGCAGAUCCGUAAGCGACUGCGCUGCCGCCGGAAGACAGUCCUGGUGCUCAUGUGCAUCCUUACAGCCUACGUGCUGUGCUGGGCACCUUUCUAUGGCUUCACCAUUGUGCGMGACUUCUUCCCCACUGUGUUUGUGAAAGAGAAGCACUACCUCACUGCCUUCUACGUCGUGGAGUGCAUCGCCAUGAGCAACAGCAUGAUUAACACUGUGUGCUUCGUGACRGUCAAGAACAACACCAUGAAGUACUUCAAGAAGAUGAUGCUACUCCACUGGCAACCCUCUCACCAUGGGAGCAAGUCCAGUGCUGAACUUGACUUCAAAACCAGUGGGGUGCCUGCCACUGAAGAGGUGGAUUGUAUCAGGCUGAAGUGACGUGGUAGCGUUACACAACAGAAAACCCAAAUCCAGUACUCAGAGCAUCAUCAAUCAAAUUCACAGCCCGCAUGGAAAAGAACAAUCAUAUUCAUGCCUCCUGUCUUCACAGAGCUAGAUGCUUCGAAGUCAUAACAAAUAAUGAGGCUGGACACAAACCACAGCCCAGACAUUUACUGAUAUCUGCUGAUAUCAUUAGCCUGCUGAGUACAUUGUCACAACCGUAAGAGCAGACACAAGUAGCAGCAACUGACAUGGACUGAAUAUCUACUGCGAGCAAGCCCCACCAAUGAGAUUAGACAGAGACAACAGGAUUGUCCUACCUACUGU